ACGUUUGAUGUCAUUUUGGCGCCGAACGUUUCAUUCGCAUUUCUGCGCGGGUAAUGUCCUUAUGUUGGUGUUGUUAGUUGAACACCAAGUUUAAUUGUAGUGUAUAGUCAGUCAUUUACAUUUCAAUUCAAUUUACCACAUCAGAAAACUGCAAGACAGCAUGCAGCGAAGCAUAUCAUCUUUCUUUCAGCCCAAAACGGGCAAAGAAAAGGAGAGCGAAAAGAGUGAUGGACCGGUGAAGGAGAAACCGGUGAAGGAGAAACCGGUGAAGGAGAAACCGGUGAAGGAGAAACCGGUGAAGGAGAAACCAGAACCAGUCAAAGGGCCUCUCAAAGUUCAGAAUGGGGUCCACAAUGAGCCUGAUUCGCCAGUAAAGAAGUUCACUAAACGCAGUCGUCAGAUCUUGGACAGUGAUGAUGAUGAGGCUCCAGCCAGAAUAGAACAGGAGCAAGGGGACAAGACUGUUCAGCCCAAGGAUGAAGUAUACAAGGCUGUUACCACCCCACUGUCCCCCGCUGCCCCCACCACCCCUGUUACUCCAGCCACUCCAGUGACCCCAGCCGCCCCUCCAGUGACCCCAGCCGCCCCUCCAGUGACCCCAGCCGCCCCUCCAGUGACCCCAGCCGCCACUCCAGUGACCCCAGCCGGCACUCCAGUGACCCCAGCCACCUCCGCCACCACUGGAACCCCUGACACCCCCACUUCCAUCUCACCCUCCGGAAUUCCCAAACGCCGCACCGCGAGGAAGCAGUUCCCCAAGAGAAAGCUGGACAGCAGGAGUGGCAGUGACAAGGAGGAGGAAGAGGUGAAGGAAGAACCAGAACAGCAGAAUAAAAGAGCAAAGGUUGAGGAAACACAGGGCAGCACCGAGAAUGAAGAGGAAGCGAUGGAGGUGGGAGGAGAGGAGAACAGUGUGGAUAAGCCUGAGGUGGUGCAGAACAACCCAGAGCAGAAAGAGAUCGAUGAAGAGAAGACCAAAGAUGGAGAGAAGGAAAAAGCACUUGAUGUGAAAGAGACGGAGGAGGAGGGAAAAAGUCCUAAAAGUGAAGAGGCUAAAGAGAGAAGUCCUAAGGGUCAAGAGGCUAAAGGAAAAAGUCCUAAGGGUCAAAACGCUAAAGAGAGAAGUCCUAAGGGUCAAGAGGCUAAAGGAAAAAGUCCUAAGGGUCAAAACGCUAAAGAGAGAAGUCCUAAGGGUCAAAAGGCUGUAAAGGAAGAAAAGGAAAGUCCUAAAAAUGAAAGGAAGGCAGUAAAGGAGGAGAAAGAAAUGAAAGUGUCAGAAAGCCCCCAAGCCAAAAAAGCCCCCACCAUCAGCAGUUUCUUUGCUCCCAGGAAGGCUGCUGUAAAGAUGGAGAGACCAGAGGAGAAGAGCGAGGGAGACAGAAAGGAGAAGAGCGAGGGAGACAGAAAGGAGAAGAGCGAGGGAGACAGAAAGGAGGAGAGCGAGGGAGACAGGAAGGAGGAGAGUGAGGGAGACAGAAAGAAGAGCGGGGAGAAUAUAAAGGAGGGGGCGAAGGUGGCCCGUACCACUGACGACGUUAAAGAGAAAGGAGAGAAGACGGACCAGGCCCAGUAUGACCCAUCCAGACCCAACUACCACCCAGUAGACCACGCCUGCUGGGGGCGGGGACAGAGGGUCCCGUAUUUGGCUGUUGCACGCACCUUUGAAAAGAUUGAGGAAGAUUCUGGCAGAUUGAGGAACAUCGAAACAUUAUCAAAUCUCCUACGCUCUGUGAUCGUCCUCUCUCCAGAGGACCUGUUGUGCUGCGUCUACCUGUGUCUCAAUCAGCUGGGUCCUGCUUACAUGGGGCUGGAGCUGGGAGUGGGAGAAACUGUACUGAUGAAGGCUGUCGCCCAAGCAACUGGGCGACAGUUGGACAAAAUCAAGGCGGAGGCUGCAGAGAAGGGGGACUUGGGGUUGGUGGCUGAGAGUUCCCGUAACAACCAGAGAAUUAUGUUCCAGCCAGCCAAUCUGAUUGCAGGGGGUGUGUUCAACAAACUGAAAGACAUCGGGAACAUGAGUGGGAACUCUGCCAUGAAUAAGAAGAUUGACAUCAUCAAAGGUCUUUUUGUAGCCUGCCGUUUCUCUGAAGCCAGAUACAUAGUCAGGUCGCUGGCAGGGAAGCUGAGGAUUGGCUUGGCUGAACAGAGUGUACUGGCUGCCCUGAGUCACGCCGUGUGUCUGACUCCUCCGGGACAAGACUUCCCUCCGGCGGUGAUUGACGCUGGGAAAGGAAUGAGUGCAGAAAAACAGAAAGCUUGGAUAGAAGAGAAAAGCCUUAUCCUCAAACAGACUUACUGUGAGAUGCCCAACUAUGAUGUCAUCAUCCCAGUCAUUCUGAAGGAGGGGAUUGAUGAACUACCCAACCACUGCAAACUCACUCCAGGUGUACCGCUGAGGCCCAUGCUGGCUCACCCCACCAAAGGUGUAGGAGAGGUGAUGAAGAGGUUCGAUGAAGCCGCCUUCACCUGCGAGUACAAGUAUGACGGAGAACGAGCACAGAUCCAUAUCUUGGAGAACGGAGAAGUGCGUAUUUUCAGUCGCAACCAGGAGGAUAAUACAACCAAAUAUCCUGACAUCAUCUCUCGCAUUCCUACGGUAAAGAAGCAGUCGGUGGUAUCCUGUGUGUUGGACUCUGAGGCAGUAGCUUGGGACAGAGAGAAGCAACAGAUCCAACCAUUCCAGGUUUUAACCACACGGAAGAGAAAGGAUGUCGAUGCAGCUGAUAUCAAGGUCCAAGUGUGUGUGUAUGCCUUCGACCUUCUGUAUCUCAAUGGAGAGUCUCUAGUGAAGCAGCCCUUGUCCCGUCGCAGGGCUCUGUUGAGGGAGAGCUUCCAGGAGAAGGAGGGAGAGUUUGUGUUUGCCCGCGCCAUCGACUCAGACAACACAGACGCCAUCGCUGAGUUCCUGGAGCAGUCGGUUCGAGACUCCUGCGAGGGACUCAUGGUGAAGACUCUGGAGAAAGAUGCCACGUAUGAAAUCGCCAAGCGCUCUCACAACUGGCUCAAGCUGAAAAAGGACUAUCUGGAUGGCGUGGGGGACACAAUGGAUCUGUGUGUGAUCGGAGCGUAUCUGGGGAAGGGCAAGAGAACCGGGACCUACGGAGGCUUUCUGCUCGCAUGCUACGACGAGGACAACGAAGAGUUCCAGUCAGUCUGCAAGAUUGGGACAGGUUUCAAGGAUGAAGAUUUGGAGCAGCAUUACAAAUUCUUAAAGGAGCAUAUUUUGCCCAAGCCCCGCCCCUAUUACCGUGUGGACCAAUCAACUGAGCCCGACGUGUGGCUCGAUGCCGUGCAAGUAUGGGAAGUGAAGUGUGCCGACCUAUCGCUGUCGCCGAUCUACAAGGCUGGCAUGGGAUUGUGUGACCCAGAGAAGGGCAUCUCUCUUCGGUUCCCGCGCUUCCUGAGGAUCAGAGAGGAUAAGAAGCCAGAGGAGGCCACUUCAGGAGGACAGAUUGCUGAUUUAUACAGGAAGCAGCAGGUUGUUCAGAAUCAGGGCGACAAAGCUGACCUUGAGGACUACUACUGACCUCUGACCUGAUCAGUUGACCGUCCAGUCGCCAAUGACUCGGGUGAAAUCUCAAUGUGUACAUAGUUUUUUUUUAAAUGAUGAACCUGAAUAAGGCUGUGCCAAUGCAAAAAGGAAAGCGAAGACCCUGUGAACAGCGGCGUGUCUAGAUCUAGGUUCUGCCAAUGUUAUGACGUUCAACGUUUUGUGUGUUGUUGAGCCUAAGGCUUAUUUCUGUGAACGUAUACACGGCAUUAUAAAGUACAGUUGUCAAUGACUCAAAUAAAUCGCAAAAAAAUAAUGAAUAAAGGCUUUGCCAAUUUUAUAA